AUGGACCUGGACCCAGACCUGGACCCAGACCCACAUCUGGACUUGGACACAACUGUGUGUCCUUCAAGACUGCUGGAGGACGACAUCGUCACUUUUGUGAGGAACGAGCUAAGGAAGAUCCAGAAGGUUCUGAGUCCAGAUUACCCAGAAUGCUUAGAGAAUCAGCGAAAGGAUGAGGAGGUGUCGGACGGUGAGGAUGAUAAGCAGAUGAAGAGCAGCAGAGAGACAUUUCUAAAGAUCACACUGCACUUCCUGAGGAAAAUGAAGCAGGAGGAGCUGGCUGACCAUCUGCAGAGCAGAAGUUAUUGUGGAGUUUGUAAGCAUAAACUCAAAUGUAACCAUCAGAAGACGUUCCAGUGUGUGUUUGAGGGAAUUGCUAAAGCAGGAAGCCCAACCAUUCUAAAUGAGAUGUUCACAGAGAUCUACCUCAUGGAGGGAGGGGCUGCAGAGGUCAAUGAUGAACAUGAGGUCAGACAGAUUGAAACAGCAUCCAGGAAAAGAGACAGACCAGAAACAAUAAUCAGACAAGAAGACAUCUUUAAAACCCCACCUGGAAGAGAUGAACCAAUCAGAAAAGUGAUGACAAAGGGAGUGACUGGCAUCAGGAACACAGUUUUAACACAGAAGUUCACUAUGGACUGGGCUGAAGACAAAGCCAGCCAGGACAUCCAGUUCACAUUCCCACUCACCUUUAGAGAGCUGAAUGUGCUGAAAGACAGAAAGUUCAGCUUGGUGGAACUUGUUGAUUACUUCUUUAGUGAAACCAAAGAAGCAGGAAUCUGCCGAUUUGAAGAGGUCUUGUUCAUCUUUGACGGUUUGGAUGAGUGGCGAUUUCCUCUGGACUUCCCCAACACUGAGAUCCUGACUGAUGUUACAGAGUCCACCUCAGUGGGUGUGCUGCUGACAAACCUCAUCAGGAGGAAACUGCUUCCCUCAGAUCGCCUCUGGAUAACCACCCGACCUGCAGCAGCCAAUCAGAUCCCUCCUGUGUGUGUUGACAUGGUGACAGAGGUCAGAGGAUUCACUAACCCCCAGAAGGAGUACUACUUCAAGAAGAGAUUCAGAGAUGAGGAGCAGACCAGCAGAAUCAUCUCCCACAUCAAGAGAUCACGAAGCCUCCACAUCAUGUGCCACAUCCCAGUCUUCUGCUGGAUCACUGCUACAGUUCUGGAGGACGUGUUAAAGACCGGAGGAGGAGGACAGUUGCCCAAGACCCCUACUGAGAUGUACAUCCACUUCCUGGUUAUUCAGUCCAAAGUGAAGAACAUCAUGUAUGAUGGAGGAGCUGAGAUAGAUCCACACUGGAGUCCAGAGAACAGGAAGAUGAUGGAGUCUCUGGGAAAACUGGCUUUUGAGCAGCUGCAGACAGGCAACCUGAUCUUCUAUGAAUCAGACUUGAGAGAGUGUGGUAUUGAUAUCAGAGCAGCCUCAGUGGUCUCAGGAGUGUUCACACAGAUCUUUAAAGACGAGAGAGUACUGUUCCAGGAAAAGGUGUUCUGCUUUGUCCAUCUGAGUGUUCAGGAGUUUCUGGCUGCUCUUCCUGUCCAUUUGACAAUCACCAACUCUGGAGUCAAUCUGCUGGCAGAAGAACAAACAACCUCACGCCAGUGGGUUUUAUUUAGAAACAAACCUGAACCAACAUACUUUUACCAGAUUGCUGUAGACAAGGCCUUACAGAGUCCAAAUGGACACCUGGACUUGUUUCUCCGCUUCCUCCUGGGUCUUUCACUGCUGACCAAUCAGACUCUCCUACAAGGUCUGCUGACACAGACAAAAAGUAGCUCAAAGACCAAUCAGAAAACUGUGGAGUAUAUCCAGAAGAAGAUCAGUGGGAACCUGUCUGCAGAGAGAAGCAUCAAUCUGUUCCACUGUCUAAAUGAACUGAAUGAUCAUUCUCUAGUGGAGCAGAUCCAACAGUCCCUAAUUUCAGGAAGUCUCUCCACAGAUAAACUGUCUCCUGCUCAGUGGUCAGCUCUGGUCUUUAUCUUACUGUCAUCAGAAGACGAUCUGGAUGUGUUUGACCUGAAGAAAUACUCUGCUUCAGAGGAUGUUCUUCUUAGGUUGCUUCCAGUGGUCAAAAACUCCAACAAAGCUCUACUAAGUGGCUGUAACCUGACAGAGAGAAGCUGUGAAGCUCUAUCCUCAGUUCUCAGCACCCAGUUCUCUAGUCUGAGAGAGCUGGACCUGAGUAACAACAACCUGCAGGAUUCAGGAGUGGAGCUGGUGUCAGCUGGACUGAAGAGCCCACAGUGCAGACUUGGAACUCUCAGUCUGUCAGGCUGUCUCGUCUCAGAGGAAGGCUUUACUUAUGUAGCCUCAGCUCUGAGUUCCAACCCCUCCCAUCUGAGAGUGCUGGACCUGAGCUACAAUCAUCCAGGAGACUCAGGAGUGAAGCUGCUGUCAGCUGGACUUAAGGAUCCACACUGGAGACUGGACACUCUCAGGACGGACCAUGGUGGACCACAGAGACUGAGACCUGGUCUGAAGAAGUAUGUCUGUGAACUGGAACUGGACACAAACACAGUACACAGAGAACUCAAACUGUCUGACAACAACAGGAAGGUGACAUAUGUGGGAGAGUAUCAGUCAUAUCCUGAUCAUCCAGAGAGGUUUGACUGCUGGCCUCAGCUGCUGUGUAGAAGGCAGGCAGAAAAGUUAAAUCCACAUCGGCCCCCAUCCACAUCUGGUUCCUGCACCACCCCACUGACCGUAAAGGAGAACAACGUCGGACAAGUACUCCUGGCAGUAAACCCAAGGAAGGCUGCUGGCCCAGACGGAGUACCUAGCAAGGUGCUCAGGGCGUGCGCCCACCAGCUUGCCCUCAUCUUUGCCAGGAUCAUCAACCUCUCCCUGGCCCAGGCAGCAAUUCUGCCCUGCCUAAAAUCAGCAACAAUCAUCCCAGUGCCAAAGAAGUCUCCCAUCACCAGCCUAAAUGAUAACUAUCCUGUGGCCCUCACCCAGGUAAUCAUGAAGUUCUUCAAGAGACUUAUUCUCCAACAUAUCAAGGACUACCUCACCCCAGACCUGGUUCCCUAUCAGUUUGCAUACCGCGCGAUCCGAUCCACAGAGGAUGCCAUUGCUAUAUAUCUCCACUCUGCGCUGAGCCACCUGGAGCUGCAGCAGAUCUACGUCUGCGUGCUUUGUGGAUAA